GGCCCAGCCGCUCUCUCGGCCUCGCGCUGCACAUUCUCUCCUGGCGGCGGCGCCACCUGCGGUAGCGUGCGCCCGAACAUGGCGACACGGAGCAGCAGGAGGGAGUCGCGACUCCCCUUCCUAUUCACCCUGGUCGCGCUGCUGCCGCCCUGGGCGCUCUGCGAGGUCUGGACGCAGAGGCUGCACGGCGUCCGCGCGCCCUUGCCCCAGGACCGCGGCUUCCUCGUGGUGCAGGGCGACCCGCGCGAGCUGCGGCUGUGGGCGCGCGGGGAUGCCCGAGGAGCCAGCCGGGCGGACGAGAAGCCGCUCCGGAGGAGACGGAGCGCUGCCCUGCAGCCCGAGCCCAUCAAGGUGUACGGACAGGUCAGUCUGAAUGACUCCCACAAUCAGAUGGUGGUGCACUGGGCCGGAGAGAAAAGCAACGUGAUCGUGGCCUUAGCCCGAGACAGCCUGGCGCUGGCGAGGCCCAAGAGCAGUGAUGUGUACGUCUCUUACGACUAUGGCAAGUCCUUCCAGAAGAUUUCCGAGAAGUUGAACUUCGGUGUGGGAAAUAACAGCGAGGUUGUGAUUGCACAGUUCUACCACAGUCCUGCAGACAACAAGCGGUACAUCUUCGCAGACGCGUACGCCCAGUACCUGUGGAUCACCUUUGACUUCUGCAACACCAUCCAGGGCUUUCCCAUUCCAUUCCGGGCAGCCGAUCUCCUCCUCCACAGCAAGGCCGCCAACCUCCUCCUGGGCUUCGACAGGUCUCACCCCAACAAGCAGCUAUGGAAGUCAGACGAUUUUGGCCAGACCUGGAUCAUGAUUCAAGAACACGUGAAGUCAUUUUCAUGGGGGAUUGAUCCCUAUGACAAGCCAAAUACAAUCUACAUUGAACGGCACGAACCCUCGGGCUACUCCACGGUUUUCCGAAGUACGGACUUCUUCCAGUCCCGGGAAAACCAAGAAGUGAUCCUUGAGGAAGUGAGAGACUUUCAGCUUCGGGACAAGUACAUGUUUGCUACAAAGGCGGUGCAUCUCCUCGGCAGCCAGCAGCAUGCUUCCCUUCAGCUCUGGGUCUCCUUUGGCCGGAAGCCCAUGCGAGCAGCCCAGUUUGUCACCAGGCAUCCGAUCAACGAAUAUUACAUCGCAGAUGCGUCCGAGGACCAGGCGUUUGUGUGCGUCAGUCACAGCAACAACCGCACCAACUUGUACAUCUCGGAGGCGGAGGGCCUGAGGUUCUCCCUGUCCUUGGAGAACGUGCUCUACUACAGCCCAGGAGGUGCUGGCAGUGACACCUUGGUGAGGUAUUUUGCAAAUGAACCAUUUGCUGACUUUCACAGAGUGGAAGGGUUACAAGGCGUCUACAUUGCUACCCUGAUUAACGGUUCUAUGAAUGAGGAAAACAUGAGAUCCGUCAUCACCUUUGACAAAGGGGGAACCUGGGAAUUCCUUCAGGCUCCAGCCUUCACGGGAUAUGGAGAGAAAAUCAACUGUGAGCUUUCCCAGGGCUGUUCACUCCACCUGGCCCAGCGCCUUAGUCAACUCCUCAACCUCCAGCUCAGGAGAAUGCCCAUCCUCUCCAAGGAGUCGGCUCCCGGCCUCAUCAUCGCCACGGGCUCGGUGGGAAAGAACUUGGCCAGCAAGACCAACGUGUACAUUUCUAGCAGCGCUGGAGCCAGGUGGCGAGAGGCCCUUCCUGGACCUCACUACUACACGUGGGGGGACCACGGCGGCAUCAUCAUGGCCAUCGCCCAGGGCAUGGAGACCAAUGAGCUGAAGUACAGUACCAACGAGGGGGAGACCUGGAAAACAUUCGUCUUCUCUGAGAAGCCGGUGUUUGUGUAUGGCCUCCUUACGGAACCUGGGGAGAAGAGCACCGUCUUCACCAUCUUCGGCUCCAACAAAGAGAAUGUCCACAGCUGGCUGAUCCUCCAAGUCAAUGCCACAGAUGCCCUGGGGGUCCCCUGCACAGAGAAUGACUACAAGCUCUGGUCACCGUCUGACGAACGGGGGAACGAGUGCUUGCUGGGACACAAGACUGUUUUCAAACGAAGGACGCCACACGCAACGUGCUUUAACGGAGAGGACUUCGACAGGCCGGUGGUCGUGUCCAACUGCUCCUGCACGCGGGAGGACUACGAAUGUGACUUCGGCUUCAAGAUGAGUGAGGAUUUGGCAUUAGAGGUUUGUGUUCCUGAUCCGGAGUUUUCUGGGAAGUCCUACUCCCUUCCCGUGCCUUGUCCUGUGGGUUCCACUUACAGGAGGACGAGGGGCUACCGGAAGAUUUCCGGGGACACUUGCAGUGGAGGAGAUGUGGAAGCACGACUGGAAGGCGAGCUGGUCCCCUGUCCCCUGGCAGAAGAGAACGAGUUCAUCCUGUACGCCACGCGCAAGUCCAUCCACCGCUACGACCUGGCCUCGGGGGCCACCGAGCAGCUGCCCCUCGCGGGGCUGCGGGCCGCCGUGGCGCUGGACUUCGACUACGAGCGCAAUUGCCUGUAUUGGUCAGACCUGGCUCUGGACCUCAUUCAGCGCCUGUGUUUGAACGGGAGCACGGGGCAAGAGGUGAUCAUCAGUUCCGGCCUGGAGACAGUGGAAGCACUGGCUUUCGAGCCCCUCAGCCAGUUACUUUACUGGGUGGAUGCUGGCUUUAAGAAGAUCGAGGUGGCUAAUCCAGACGGUGACUUCCGCCUCACCAUUGUCAAUUCCUCUGUGCUCGAUCGGCCUCGGGCUCUGGUCCUGGUGCCCCAAGAAGGGGUGAUGUUCUGGACCGACUGGGGUGACCUGAAGCCUGGGAUUUAUCGAAGCAACAUGGACGGUUCUGCCACCUAUCGCCUGGUGUCUGAGGACGUGAAAUGGCCCAAUGGCAUCUCCGUGGACGACCACUGGAUCUACUGGACAGAUGCUUACCUGGACUGCAUCGAGCGGAUCACCUUCAGUGGCCAGCAGCGCUCGGUCAUCCUGGACAACCUCCCACACCCCUAUGCCAUUGCCGUCUUCAAGAAUGAAAUCUACUGGGACGAUUGGUCCCAGCUCAGCAUCUUCCGAGCUUCCAAGUACACCGGGUCCCAGAUGGACGUUCUGGCGAGCCAGCUCACAGGCCUGAUGGACAUGAAGAUUUUCUACAAGGGGAAGAACGCUGGGAGCAAUGCCUGUGUGCCCAGACCCUGCAGCCUGCUGUGCCUGCCCAUGGCCAACAACAGCAGAAGCUGCCGCUGUCCGGAAGGCGUGUCCAGCAGCGUCCUGCCCUCCGGGGACUUGAUGUGCGACUGCCCGCAGGGCUAUCAGCUGAAGAACAGCACCUGUGUCAAAGAAGAGAACACCUGCCUGCGCAGCCAGUACCGCUGCAGCAACGGGAACUGCAUCAACAGCAUCUGGUGGUGCGACUUCGACAACGACUGCGGGGACCUGAGCGACGAGAGGAACUGCCCUACCACCGUCUGUGACCUGGACACCCAGUUCCGUUGUCAGGAGUCUGGGACUUGUAUCCCACUGUCCUAUAAAUGUGACCUCGAGGAUGACUGUGGAGACAACAGUGAUGAGAGUCACUGUGAAAUGCACCAGUGCCGAAGUGACGAGUACAACUGCAGCUCUGGCAUGUGCAUCCGCUCCUCCUGGGUGUGCGACGGGGACAACGACUGCAGGGACUGGUCUGACGAGGCCAACUGCACCGCCAUCUAUCACACCUGCGAGGCCUCCAACUUCCAGUGCCGCAAUGGCCACUGCAUCCCCCAGCGGUGGGCGUGCGACGGCGACACGGACUGCCAGGAUGGCUCUGACGAGGACCCUGUCAACUGUGAGAAGAAGUGCAAUGGGUUCCGCUGCCCGAACGGCACCUGCAUCCCCUCCAGCAAGCACUGCGACGGGCUGCACGACUGCUCGGACGGCUCGGACGAGCAGCACUGCGAGCCGCUCUGCACGCGCUUCAUGGACUUCGUGUGCAAGAACCGCCAGCAGUGCCUGUUCCGCCCCAUGGUGUGCGACGGCGUCGUCCAGUGCCGCGACGGCUCUGAUGAGGACCCGGCGUUCGCCGGAUGCUCCCAAGACCCCGAGUUCCACAAGGCCUGCGAUGAGUUUGGUUUCCAGUGCCAGAACGGCGUGUGCAUCAGCCUGGUCUGGAAGUGCGACGGCAUGGACGACUGCGGCGACUACUCCGACGAAGCCAACUGCGAAAACCCCACGGAAGCCCCAAACUGCUCCCGCUACUUCCAGUUCCGGUGUGAGAACGGCCACUGCAUCCCCAACAGGUGGAAGUGUGACCGCGAGAACGACUGUGGGGACUGGUCUGAUGAGAAAGACUGUGGAGAUUCGCACUUCCUUCCCUCCCCGACUCCGGGGCCCUCCACGUGCCUGCCCAAUUACUUCCGCUGCGGCAGCGGGGCCUGCGUGAUGGACACCUGGGUGUGCGACGGGUACCGGGACUGUGCCGACGGCUCGGACGAGGAAGCCUGCCCCUCGCUCGUGAAUGUCACUUCCGCCUCCACUCCCACCCGACUCGGGCGAUGUGACCGAUUUGAGUUUGAAUGCCGCCAACCUAAGAAGUGCAUCCCCAACUGGAAGCGGUGCGAUGGCCAUCAGGACUGCCAGGACGGCCAGGACGAGGCCAACUGCCCCACGCACAGCAGCCUGACCUGCACGAGCCGAGAAUUCAAGUGCGAGGACGGCGAGGCCUGCGUCGUGCUCUCGGAGCGCUGUGACGGCUUCCUGGACUGUUCGGAUGAGAGUGACGAGAAAGCCUGUAGUGAUGAGUUAACUGUGUACAAAGUACAGAACCUGCAGUGGACGGCCGACUUCUCCGGGGCUGUGACCUUGACCUGGAUGCGGCCCAAGAAAAUGCCCUCUGCUUCUUGUGUCUAUAACGUCUACUACAGGGUGGUUGGAGAAAGCAUCUGGAAGACGCUGGAGACCCACAGCAAUAAAACCAACACCGUCUUAAAAGUCCUGAAACCAGACACCACAUACCAGGUGAAAGUUCAGGUUCAAUGCCUGAGCAAGGCACACAACACCAAUGACUUCGUGACCCUGAGGACUCCAGAAGGCCUGCCGGAUGCCCCUCGAAAUCUCCAGCUGUCGCUCCACAGAGAAGCAGAAGGUGUGAUUGUGGGCCACUGGGCCCCUCCCAUCCAUACCCACGGCCUCAUCCGUGAGUACAUUGUAGAGUACAGCAGGAGUGGUUCCAAGAUGUGGGCCUCCCAGAGGGCUGCUAGUAACUCUACAGAAAUAAAGAACUUACCGGUCAACACUCUCUACACUGUCAGGGUGGCUGCGGUGACUAGUCGUGGGAUAGGAAACUGGAGCGACUCUAAAUCCAUCACCACCAUGACUGGAAAGGUGAUCCCGGCACCAGAUAUCCACAUUGACAGCUACGGUGAAAACUCUCUGAGCUUCACCCUGACCAUGGGUGGCGGUAUCAAGGUGAAUGGCUACGUGGUGAACCUUUUCUGGGCAUUCGACACCCACAAACAAGAGAAGAGAACUCUGAACUUCCGUGGAGGUGUAUCGUCACACAAAGUUGGCAAUCUGACAGCCCACACAUCCUAUGAGAUUUCCGCCUGGGCCAAGACUGACUUGGGGGAUAGUCCCCUGGCAUUCGAGCAUGUCCUGACCAGAGGGACUCGCCCACCUGCUCCUAGCCUCAAAGCCAAGGCCAUCAAUCAGACUGCAGUGGAGUGCACUUGGACGGGCCCCCGGAAUGUGGUUUACGGCAUCUUCUAUGCCACAUCCUUCCUGGACCUCUAUCGAAACCCGAAGAGCUGGACGACCCCGCUCCACAACGCCACGGUCAUCGUCAGCAAAGACGAGCAGUACUUGUUUCUGGUCCGGGUGGUGGUGCCCUACCAAGGGCCGUCCUCCGACUACGUGGUGGUGAAGAUGAUCCCGGACAGCAGGCUCCCACCCCGUCACCUGCACGCGGUUCGCACAGGGAAAACCUCAGUUGCCAUCAAGUGGGAGUCGCCCUACGACUCUCCGGACCAGGAUUUGUUAUAUGCGAUCGCAGUUAAAGAUCUGGUAAGAAAGACCGAGAGGAGCUACAAGGUGAGAUCCCGCAACAGCACUGUGGAAUACACCCUGAGCAAGUUGGAGCCCGGGGGGAAGUACCACAUCGUCGUCCAGCUGGGCAACAUGAGUAAGGACUCCAGCAUCAAAGUCACCACAGUUUCCCUGUCAGCACCUGAUGCCUUAAAAAUCAUCACAGAGAAUGACCACGUCCUUCUGUUUUGGAAAAGUUUAGCUUUAAAGGAAAAGCAGUUUAACGAAAGCAGGGGCUAUGAGAUUCACAUGUUUGACAGUGCCAUGAACAUCACGGCUUACCUGGGGAAUACGACCGACAACUUCUUCAAGAUCUCCAACCUGAAGAUGGGUCAUAAUUACACUUUUACUGUCCAGGCCAGAUGCCUCUUGGGCAGCCAGCUCUGCGGGGAGCCUGCUGCCCUGCUGUAUGAUGAGCUGGGGUCUGGUGGAGACGCAUCCGCAGUGCAGGCCGCCAGGUCCACCGACGUCGCUGCCGUGGUGGUGCCCAUCCUGUUCCUGAUCCUGCUGAGCCUGGGGGUCGGCUUUGCCAUCCUGUACACGAAGCACCGGAGGCUGCAGAGCAGCUUCACGGCAUUCGCUAACAGCCACUACAGCUCCAGGCUGGGCUCGGCCAUCUUUUCCUCAGGGGAUGACCUGGGGGAGGACGAUGAAGAUGCUCCUAUGAUAACUGGAUUUUCAGACGACGUUCCCAUGGUGAUAGCCUGAAAGCUUUCCUCUCUAGAAACCAAAUGGUGUAAAUAUUUUAUUUGAUAAAGAUAGUUGAUGGUUUAUUUUAAAAGAUG